CGUCAAUGGCUCAGGGGGCGUGGACGAAAAGUGAAACCGGUUUGCACCUGCGCGGUGAAAAACCGCGCUCUUGAGCACCAACAGGUGAACUCGGAUUCUUUGCUGACCAAGCACGUUUAUAAACUAAUUUAACAGCCUUGAUUGAAGCUAAAGACACGGUAUAGAGGAAAACUGGUGCUUGAAAACCGGUUUGUCGUGAGCAAUCGGUGUGUGUUUUCAAGUUUGAAUCGUCUGGGGCAGUGCGAGUGCAGCUCUCUUUGGUGACAUUUGACGCGAUUCGGGGGCCUGGAGGCGGCAUGGACUCGGAGGACGUGACCCUGAACUAAGGGCUGACCUGCAGAGAAGGAUCGGAGCCGCGUCGGCGCCGAGAUGGCCGCCAACUCGACGCCAGUUCUGCUGGUCACGGCCAACGUUGGAUCCAUUUUCGAGGACCCCGAGGUGAUGCUAAAAAUAUGGACAGCGGAAUUUCUCUCUCAAAUCGCUCGACUCGAGCCAAAAUUCAUCGCACUGCACUGUCAGGAAGUGGGCGGCAAAAACUACGAGCAGAGCAUGAAGCAUGUUGACCAUUUCGUCAAUCUGCUGCUGUCCAGCGAGCAACUGAGACUGUUUGAUAAAGUAAGAGUUUAUCUGGACGAGGAUUAUUCUUCGGCCGAGAAGUUCACUGCGCUCGGCAGUUUUUACUUCGUCCACAAAUCAUUGACUGACGUACUUAUUUGGGACUUCAAAGAAGCAACUUUUGUGCCGGUUGCGGACAAGGAAGUCCAUUCAGGGAGCAUCGAAGAUGUCGCCACAAAAGAAAAAUCAAAAUUCCCACAAGACUUUUUCCCAGAGUGCAAGUGGUCGAGGAAAGGUUUCCUGCGAACGAGAUGGAAUUUGAGCGGCACCGUUUUUGAUCUAAUCAACAUACACCUCUUCCACGACGCCUCCAAUUUUGUCGCAAUGGAAUCAGCGCCGUCAGAGUACUGCAAAAACAGGAGACGGGCGCUGGAACACCUGCUCGAGAGAUUUCACUCUGACGGAUUGGACUGCACCCCGUUCUUCUUAUUCGGUGACUUUAAUUUCAGGACUGAGACUCACGAAGUGGUCAAAAAAUUGUCGGAAGGUUUGAUAGCGGUGCCAACAUUUAAGUACAACAAUGCAGACGAGUGCACCAAAAUGCACUACCAGAAUGAGGAGAGUGAGGUUGUCUUGAGCUUAGGCAAGAAGGAAUUCUGCCACGUAGACCACCAGAAUAUUUUCCUCGAUAAGAAUGGCGAGUGGUUGAGGGUGUUUGACAAAGAACUGGAGCCGUUCAAUAAAGACUUGUUUGAAUUCAACAUCUCCUUUCCGCCGAGCUACCCGUUCGAAGAGGACGAACGAGGCGCCCGAUGCUACAUGCAGACCAGAUGUCCGGCUUGGUGCGACCGAGUCCUCAUGAGCCACUCUGCAAGGCAACUAAUCCAGGAACCCUCCGAGAGUGGAAAAGCUCUGGAAUAUUAUUUAAUGGGCCAGAACACCUGCAUGGGUGACCAUAAGCCAGUGUACCUGAAGAUGUGGGUGCUGCCAGAGCAGGCAGGUGAGGUGUUUUGCAAGCGGCGUCCCCCGUCCAGCAUGUCCUCCUCCCCUUGCUGUCCUGAAGUCGGGGGCCGGCCCCUGGUGCGGGCCCAGUCGGGGGGCGUGGAGCGUCCGGCGCACGCCCUCGCCAACGCCAAGUGCAGGUGUUUGAGCGAACCGGCGUGGCAGUCGUCGCCGUCCAGGCACCGCCUCAUUUCCUCGGACACCGUCCGUAGGCAGCUGUCCCGCUUCAGCAGCCACCACAGCUCGUCGGACGAGGACUGGUUUGAGGUGGUCGACCCCAACAUUGGGGGCGAAGAGGUUUUCCUGCCCGCCGACACCAAAACGCUCGACGAACGCCCUCCGAGUCCCAAAAUUCGGCCCAACAAGUGCUGCACGCUGCUCUAGCAUGAACUUAACUGGCCUGCACGCCAACCUUUUGGAAAAUGCCAAAUAUAAUUAAAAUAUUCUCAUUCAGGUGAUUCUGGCCAAAACAAUUGAUUCAAAAUUAUCCGGUUUUAUCAGAGUUUAAAAAAUUUUAAUGAAGAAGGUAAAAAUCUACUUUUUUAACUAGCUCUUGAUGAAAACUUUUUAUUUCUAAAAGAUAAAGUAAUAUUUUCUUAAUAGCUUUCAAAUUUCUAGUUGUCAAAAUAAUAAAGAAACAAAACACUUGUUUUUAUUAUGUAAUUUGGGUACUGAAAAUUUUUUUUUAGAAAAUUGAUAAUAAACAAAAAGAAAAAUUAUUUAUCUUUUGACAUUAUUGAAUUCAAAGAUAGCCGGAAGAUACUACUUUACUAAAAGUUCAAAGCCUAGGAAGGUAAAAAAAGGGGGCAAACAAGUAAUUUUCUUACUUCAAUAAUUUGAAUCAUUGUUGCAGAAGAAGAAUCACUUGCUAUUCUUAAUUAAUUCAAUACUUUAUUUCAUAUAUCUGAGAAAGAAAAACCUAUCUUUGCUAUAGACAUGUUUAGAAGAGUUAACUUUAUUUUGUGUAUUUUCCAAAGGACCAGCGUCACCAUUAAUGAAUGCCACUAACGAUCUGAGCAUGCCAUGUGUGCCGUUUGGGUGCAGGAGUAUAAUUGUGGGGGUUGGUGGUGUUGCAGCAGCGACGCGGCGGGGACGGCCCUCGGAGGCAGCUGCUACAAUCGGUCGCAAACUGGAGUUGAUCAAAGCAGCCUCGGCGCAGCACAUCUUCAGAGAGACCACGGUCUGAGCGCCGUCUCCUCACAUUCUAGUCCCAGUUCAUCCCAUCAUACUUGAUAACAAAUUCAAAUCAAACAGCAGUUGCAGUUUCAUUAAUAUAAAAUGUGUUUAGGGAAGGUGGACGAACAAGUCCACACUAGUCAGUGUAAGGUUCGGAGAGCAAUCUCAGCACACACGCAGGAAUCUCCUUUUGAGUUACAAUUUUUAAUUACAAAAAAAAUUAGCUGUUCAUUUUGUCGACCAGGUGUGUUCAAUUAAAGCCGAGAUUGUUGUUAGUUGAAAUUCCUUGAUUUUUGAGUGUGGUUAAAUCUUAAGGAAAAUGUAAUGAGUGUGUUCAAUCAGUUGAGUUAAAUUGAUGUGUAAAUGUAACACACUGUCAUAUUAAACACAAAAUCGCACAUUCCCGAAUAAUAUGUUGUAUGUACUUCACUUACUUAAAAUGAUAUUUAACACUUAAAAAUGGCCAAAAAUUACUGAAUUGAGACAAUAUAUGUGAGCAAUUAAUCUGCUCUUUAAAUUAGUGUGAUUGGAUUGCCCUCUUCCUUAAUUGUUCCAAUUCAAUGGAAUAA